UCAAAAGUUCAUUAUAUAGUAUAUACUUAUAUAGCAAUAGGAGAAGCUAACAAUGUCUGAUUAUUAAUUAGUCCUAUUAUGUAUACACAUAAUAUGUGUAUUUAAGGAUAGGGAUAAUAAUUUAAAAUUAUCAGUUUUCUCCUAUGUAGUCCAAAAAAUUGGUGUGUGACUUACCUACCAGCUUUCAUUUUGUUGAAUGUUUCGAAAGGAAACAAUUUAAAACAAUGAAGUAUAUUCUCAAACUAUUGGAUAGUAUAAACCAAUGCUUAAUACCAAAACUAGCAAAAAAUUUUGACGAACGGGAGAAUCAUCCAGAGUUUGAAAUUCGAAAUAAUACCUUAGAUCAAAACUUCAAAUCUCUUGAACAAUACUUAGGCGAUCUGGAUCUUCCAAAUACAAAAGGAACCGCUACAAUUAUAGCAGCGCUUAUAAUUUUAUAUAAAGAAUUAGAUUGUGAAUGCCCAUGGAAUGGCGAAAAAUCAAAAGAAUAUUCAAAAAAAUUAAAUAUUUACUUUGAACUUGUUUGUGGUUCUCGUUUGGACACUAUUUUGCAUGAGAACAAAAAUUUUAAUAUACAAGAAAUAUUCAAUAUAUGCUUAGAAAAUUUGCACAGCAAGUUGACAUAUGAGAAUUUCAAAAAAUAUCCCGGCCAGGUUGAAGUGUAUUGCUGGCUGGCUAAAGAUUUGAGGAGAUUUCAAGUGAAAGUGAAACCAGCCCAAGUUUUUCCAGCAGCUCUGCUUUUAAUUGAAGAUUAUAUAAAUAUUAAUACAAGCAAGGGACUUAUAUGUUGUUUAUCUAUACUGAGGUGUCUGAAAUCUGGUGAUUAUGAAGGUGGCAACUAUUACGAAGUCAUAUACAGGAGUUUAAAUAAAACCUUCAUUGAGAAAGAUGCGGACAUAACUAAACUGACUCAUGCUUGUCUCCUGGAGUUGUGUGAAAUUUUUCCUCCUAUAUUUAAGACACAAAAACUUCAAGAAAUGUAUACUGGAAUUCUAGACCAAUUAAUGACUGAAUCAAAUUUAUACAGGAAAGGAGAAUGUUUGAGUUUUGCAAAAUCUAUUAUAGAGAUGCACAAAGUGAACUGCAUCAGUGAGAACACUUUUAAAGUUAUAAUAUGUGACUGUUUAGAUAUAUGCACUAACGAGGUUGUGGCCGAUAUACUUUUAAAUAAGACAUUGGAGUGCUUAGAUGAGUGGAUUCAAUACGGAUGGUGCGUUUGGAGAUUUUCAACUGAUUAUAGAAUGAUAUCAAUACUGUUCAAAGUGUUGUAUGUAUGUAAGGACAACAGCACAGCUCUAUACAUUCAAAAGCUGAUCGUCACAUUCAUUACAUUAUGUAAACCUGAAGAGAAGAAGCAGAUAUUGAAAAGUUUGGAAAAUGUUAACAAAAUAUCGAGUGUUAAUUUCAGAAAUCAAGUGGAAGCAAUAAAAAAAGAAAUUAAUAUUUAAA